AAGAUGUCAUCUGCUGUUGUGUUGUGUGGUACUGACAAUGUUUUAUGUCAAAAGUAAAUAGUCAUUUCCGUAUCGUAAACUAUGUGAUUACUGAAGCAGUCUAUCAGAGGGAAAGCAUGUCCUCCCCUGCAAGAGGAAAAGGAACUUUCACACGCCUGGAAAGAACUAUAAACGUAUAACGUUUAGUAAUGGCUGGAUUUUUUAUGAAAAUCACUGCAUGAAGAAAUGGCAAAGAAAAGUGUCGAAGUCCAGGUUUUUGAUAGUGAUUUUGCACUUCUACUUCGUGAGUCCGUCACUUAUGAGAUCAAAAUGGAAUCCCGCCCCAAAAGUAAAUUUCGCACAUUUGUAUUUGUAUGUGUCUUAUUGGCGGUGACAGGUAUUGUUUAUUUUGGGUACUUCUGUCCAGAUCAAGUUUGCGCACUCUCGUCACGAGAAACCGCUUGGUCGGAGUGGACGUUUCGCACGCCUAUUCAAGAUAAUUUAGGAAAACCUUUGCAAACUCAUUCAGAACCACUGAGUUCGAAAUUAUCAAAUCCAGGCCUAAGUUACGAUGAUGUUCUUAAUGAAAAUUUCCAGUUUGAUAUGAAAGCUCAUGACGUUAUGGUCUUUCUGCACAUUCAAAAGACAGGAGGUACGUCAUUUGGAAGGCACUUGGUGAGAGACUUGGAUUUGGAGAGGCCAUGCACAUGUCAAAGGAAAAGGAAACGCUGUUAUUGUUUUCGCCCAAACCGCAAGGAAAUUUGGUUAUUUAGUAGGUACUCCACGGGAUGGAAAUGUGGGCUUCACGCAGACUGGACAGAAUUAACUAGUUGUGUGGAUUCAGAACUCGACAAAAAUGAAGGUGAUAAAGUCAAAAGACGGUAUUUUUACAUCACAUUGUUGAGAGAGCCAAUUAGUCGAUAUCUUUCUGAAUUUCGUCAUGUACAGCGGGGAGCCACAUGGCGAAACUCAAGGCACUGGUGUGGUGGUCAUGUAGCUACUCGAGAAGAGCUGCCUUUGUGCUACAAAGGCGAUAGCUGGAAAGGGGUGACAUUGGAUCAGUUUGCAGCAUGCCCUUACAACCUUGCAGCAAAUAGACAAACACGCAUGCUUGCUGACUUGGCUUUGGUGGGUUGCUACAAUAUGAGUUAUAUGUCUCCAGUUGAGCGUGAUCGUGUAAUGUUGGCAAGUGCAAAGAAGAAUCUAGCAUCUAUGGCUUUUUUUGGAUUAACUGAAUAUCAAAAGAUUGCACAAUAUGUAUUUGAAGAAACUUUUAACUUGAGGUUUGCUGUUCCAUUUGAACAACACAAUGCUACAGUGUCAAGUGUCACUCUCUCAAUGAUCAGACAAGAUCAGUUAGAAACUAUCAGACGUCUAAAUGAUCUGGAUUUAGAGCUAUAUUCCUUUGCGAAAGCUCUUAUGUUUCAGCGCUUUGAUCGCUUAAAGUCAAAGGAUCCACUAUUUAAAGAACGAUUUGCACAUUUGGGUGAACUGCCUGGGAGACAGAGUGAUAGCUUUGAUUGGGAUCAGGUCAUUUAUGAUGACAAUAACAUAACACAAAAGUAGUGGUGUAGACUUGAUGACACUUACUUUUAUAUUUUGCAUUAUCAUCAAUGCACAUAAUUAUUUUCUAUUCAUGUCACGAUGAUGACAUGAAAUCUUAAAGUGUUAGAUGCAGUGCAUUUUUAAUACUAAUAACAGCUGAUAUAGACAGCUAAUUGUGACAGCUCUGUAAAUAUGUAUUGUGUUUUUGUACUUAAUGUACUGUUGUUAAUAGCUAAUGUACAGCUAAGAAGAGUUAAUUUCACGUACCAUAGUUGUAUAUACUUGUAAAUUUCCCCAGUAUAAACCAUGUCAUAUCUGCUGCAGCUGAUGCUAUUAUCACUUCCAGUUUUAUAUGUGGUGAAUCAGUUUUUGAUAUGCCUUUCAUCUUUAUUAUAUAUUAUGUUACAAAACCUUUGAGAAUUAUGUACGCACAUCUUAUUGAAGUAUUUAUUAUAGAUUUGUUGUUGAGUUGCAUUUGAGACUAAUUAAUAUUAUACGUCAGCUGCAAAAACUCUAAAGAAAUAGAAUUGUGUAAGAAUUUAGGGUGCAGACUCACAAAGAAUACUUUAUUUAUGAGGCUGUGUAGUUAAAUAAAACACACAUACACACACACACACAAACAAACAAACAAACAAUAUCACACACAAUUAGUGUGUAUAUAGCAUUAGAUAUGAAAUAACCAUUUGAAAUUUCCAUUGAAGUAACACGGAUAAUAACAGGCCACAUUAACCCUUGAACUUAUGGAAACAGACUGUGAUUCUUUUUGACAUGAUGAGUUAAAGAUUGACAUGGUUAAUAAGUGUACAGAUUUGUGGGUACUAGAGGUGUAACAGGCAGAAAGAGGUCAAAUUGAUUUUUCUACUAAGCUAAGGCUAAUAAAGUUAGUAACCUGCUGUAGGGGAGUGAUUAUCAGAACAGGAGGAGUCAUUAUUUUUCAAAUCGGAGGUGUUUCCAGUGAAGACAGGAAACAAAAGGACUUAAGAACAAAGAAAAACGCCAAAAAGAAAGCAGAGAAUAGGUAUUCUGUGAUAUUGUAGAACAAGUUAAUACACCGUAGAAUUGAGGAUUUACACACCUGAUAAACAUUGACAGGGUUCCUGUGCAAAAACCCGGCAUCAGUACUUGUGGAUGAUUGUUUCAAAUGGUGUGUUUUGUUGAGAAAACUUAUGGAUGGGUGUAAUGAAAUAAUUUUUCUGACAUGAUUGAUUGAUAGUAUGUUUUGGGUUUUGCAGAUGAGUUGACAAUUCCAUUCUUUUUGUAGAGUGUUUGACCCUUACCUGACUCGUACUGCAAGUAAUGUUUCUGCCACUGCUCAGUACCUGAACUCCAAUCAUACUGUAAGGGACAGCAGGGAGUGUGUGCACUUCCUUUUCUGCACCUGUCCCACUGUUCCAUGAAAUGUUCAUUCACUCAAUGUUUUCUUUGUUGAAGAUGAGUGCAUAUAAAUUAAGUGCCAGGUUACAAGACUUGCUUAGAUUGAAACAUCUUUGUUUCAACAGAGCCCUGCUGUCCACAGUAUGACUGGAGUUCAGGUAGUGAGCAGAUGCAAACAGGGUGCAGUGUGCAAAAAGGGAAAUUGUCAGCUCAGUUUAAGCCCAAACACAAAUCUUCAGAAUAUGUUUUGGCUAUGUUUCCUCAUACCAUAAAUUAUUUGUUCUUAACUGUGUCUGAUGCACGUAUUUGUUUAGGCAAAUAGUGCCAUUUUUGUGAAGGUACAAAUGAUGCCUUUGUGUUGAUCUCAAAUGAUUUUGCACUGCAACAAAUUUUCAAAAGAAAAUGAAACUGUCAUGGAAAUCUUAUGGUUUAACAUUCACAAGAAGACAUCACAAAAAUAUUAACAUAUUUGGCUGUGACUCCCAAGUGAUUUAAUAUUGUUUACGUGCAUAAUAUCUCAACAUGGUAGUGUUUGUCUUGAUUCAUUUCAUUCUCCGAUUCGUUUUUGACAUUUGUCUGCUUAAGAACAACACAGUCUGUGUAAUACAUAUCACCAUAUGUUUUCAGAUUAACUUCAUAUGCAUCUGAAAUUGUAUCUGUAUUGUGUACAAAUUUCAUUAUAUUACUGCAUACUAAUAGAAUUAAUCAGUUUUUCCUCAGAGAAUAUUUUGAGGGUCUGUUCUAAAAUGAAUAUUUCUUGCUUGUUCAGAACUUGUAACAGUUUGUAUUUGUGAUAACAGCUAUGUAUUUUUUUACACAGUUGUACAAUCCAUUGCUUCCAUUGGAUAAUACCAUCUCUCUGAAAAACUGUUUCAGUUUGAGUGCCAUUUACAUAUUGUGGAACAUAUUUUAUGAUGGCAUUACUUGUUAAAUUGUGUCCUGAUGUUCAGAAUGACUUGUUAAUAUAAUUCUACAUUUCUGUUAAGUUUUAGCAUUUUUCUUUAUUUUUAGUCAUUCUUAUGCAAAAAUUUUUGAAACAUGGAUUUCAAGCAAAUGCUUUUUUGCUCAGGUAUUUAAUGAAUACAUGUUAGUGACAAUGUGUGUAGGAAGAUGCUGAAUCAGUGUUAGUUUUGCUUGUACAGUGCAUAUGAAGUUGUCUUACGAGAUUACCUCCUAUGGAGAGAAUGUACUUGAGUUUAUUGUAUUCUAAACUUGGUAGGUGUUUUUUUAGUGAGGCACCUGGUACCAAAUAACUGCAGAUACUGAAACAGUCACACACUGUCAUUACUUCUUUACUCCCUUAAUAUUUGUUAUCUGUUAGACUUUAGUAUUAUUUGAACCUAUGACUGAAAUCAAUUUAGCGAUAACUUUUUUUAGUUGUCACUUGUGUGUUUCUUAAAAUCUUUUCAAGUAGCAUCUUGUUAUCUGUGGGACUUCGACUACUGCUGUUGUCUUCCAUCACAUGAGUGUAGUGAACUGGUGCUGGAAGUCACAAUAGCCUACAUGGUGUUGCAUAUGAAUUGUACUUUUAUUCUCUAUUCUGUUCACAUAGUGUAUGGUAACAUUUUUGAUUGCAGAGAGAGAGUAUCUCUUAUUUUAUAUUGUAAUAUAAAAGUCUCUGAUCCCCAUAAAUGAAAUUUUUGUGUGCUUUCAAAAGUAGGACUGGCUAGAAAUGGACCUGCUGUGUAUCAUCUUAAUUUGUAUAUGUACCGUGGCAAACAUCUGGAGGUACUUGUUUCACUGCAAUGUGAUUUAUAGUUCUAUUACUGCCAACACAAUUUUUUUCAUGUUACAGAGAUGGUUCCAGUGAACUGUUAAAGUGUGGAAAGUAUUGAAAAGAUAAGCCUGCAGUUACGCUAGCAAUAAAUUUCACGGCAUUAUAAUUGUGAAUGAGAAUCGCUAACAGUCCAAACUUUUAAUCAGUCCUCUCUCAGGUUCCAUCAUAUGACUGCUUGCUGGCAAAAAUGAUUUUACAUAGGCAUACAAAUGAUGCCUCAUGAGGUUGUUGAGUGUUUUUAGUAUAAUGUAUAAUACCCAAAAAUUGGAAAGAUUGUAAUGCCUUGAAAUCAUAUGUUCAGAUGUUGAAAAGUAAAAUGUCUAUCUCAUUUUUUCGAGCUUAUAGUUUGGAGGGAACGAUCAUACAUGAAGACAUUCUGUUGAUGUCAGUAUUUGGAAUUCAUUUUACAGAUUCUGGUAAGAUAACAUUUUUUAGCAUGGGAUGCAGUAAUCCGCUGUCUUAAUAUUCAGUACACUAUUUUGGAUGGAAUGUGUGUUCAGCACCCCCAACUAAUAAUCAUUUAUUCCUGAAGAAUUUACCACAUUAGUUUUUCAGAAGAAAAAUAGAUAUGUAUUCUAUAUUAGUAAUAUUUUGUCAUGUUAAUACUAUUUACCAACUUGCCAUGAUUUGGGUCACUUUGCUAUGAAAGCGUGUACAAUGACAUUUGCUGCAUUGUUUGUAAGAUCAGUAUAGAUUCUGAUCAUGUUAGAAAUUAAUGUCUUUAUUAAAAACCAACAAGUGUGGACAGUGGAGAAGAAGAAUAGUGAGGAAGUAUUAGGUGUAAGUUAAAAGGAAAUAAUGUAUUAGUAGAUUUGUUUGUGGAAAGGACUGUCCUCUUUAUCAGUCUAGGAUUUUAUCAUUAAAGAAAACUAUACUGGUUAAAUGAGUACCAUUGGGCUGAGUUAAGUGUUUUGUCUGACAAAAUUUUUAAUAACAGCUUGUAAAACUACUUCAGAUGCUGGAAGUAGUGGUAGGGAAACAAGUGGAUAAAGUGAAGAUUAAGAGAUUAAAUCAUCUAAAGAAGAUAUGAGCUAAUCCAGGUAGACAGAAAAGUUUUAAAAAUUUGUUGCUGGCUGAGACACUAUUCAGAGGCUAGAGAUAAUUAAUGUUUGCGUAAAGAAUGGAAAUGCUAUCAGUUAUGAGGCAAUAUCAGAAUCAUUUGUGAAGUUAAUUUCACCAUAGACAAUGAAAGUGUUUUACUAUGCUGCCUGCUUCUAGGGUGCAGUGAAAUUUGUUUCUCAUAGUAGGGCAUUGCCUGUAUUGGGCACUACUGACAGGUUAAGGCUGAAUGCUUAAGGGGGAUUAAACUAGAUUUCUGCCUUUCAAAAACAGUUGUUCUUUCAAUUGAAUAAUGCAACCACACCACAAAGAACAACGUACUGCUUCAAUAUGUGAUUUCCUUUUAUUUCCUUUCCAUUAUUUUCACUGAGUGAAGUGGCACAGUAGGGAGACACUGGCCUUGAAUUUGGAAAAGGUGCCCAGGCAUCCAGAUCCGUGUUUCACCAUAUAGCAGAGACGCUGAGUUGCAGAUAGGCACAAUAAAAAGACUGCCACAAAAUGAGCUUUCGGCCAAUAAGGCCUUUGUCGAAAAUACAAAUACAAACACACACACACACACACACACACACACACAAACAAACGCAACUCUCUCUCUCUCUCUCUCUCUCUCUCUCUCACACACACACACACACACACACACACACACACACACACUUCAAUCUGAGCUUGUACUUUGUGUCUAAUGACCUCAUAGUCAAUGGGACAGUAAGCCAUAAUCUUCCAUUCUGGCAAUCUGUGCAGAGGCUUCCUUGCUAACACUUUAAAUAACAAUGUUGGAUAAUCAGCUACUGUCAUCAAAGCGUUACCUGAGACUUUUUUUUUCUCCCUUGGUAUAAAUCCUCUAUUCAAAUUAUGCAGUUGCUAAAUGCAUAUCUAAAGGACAUGCAAUAAAGAUUUUUUCUACAGAAAAAAAGUGCUACAAGAGAAGUGCACUUCUCCUGCACAUUAUAUUAUUGCAUUAUAUUGUGAGUGAGUUCCGAACAGGUUAGGUGACUAGCUUUUAUUGUAGCAACAGUUAAGUAGUAUUCAGAUCUGAGAAAAUUCCAGACCUCGUAACUCUCCUAAGUUAUGGUAACUUAUAUUUAUAUUUCAAAGGAACUGUUCAAAAAUAUAUAAGGAGUCCAUUUCACAUCAACCAGUAGGUAUGCCAGGGCCGGAGACAGCAUGGAGCUGAUUAGAAGCAGCCCUUGAAAACUGGAAGGUUUUAGAAUGAUACAAACGAUAAAAAAAAAAUGGGGAAGACUAAGAAGCAAAGCACACACAAAUCAUAUGGAAUCAAGGUAGUAAAAUAUAACAUGAGGUGCAAGUUAAAAUGGGAUCAAAACAUACUUCCAUAAUGGUUGACCGUGAGUCCAAUCCAUGCACAUAACUUUUAUAAUAAUUGACCACAUAUCUGGCCUAUGCCCAUAAGCACAGUGCCUGUUAAAGGCUGUGGUAAUGUGUUGCAGCCUACUACCAACCUUCUUGCCAUAUUUGGUGCUAUCCUAUUCAUUUCUUUAUCCUGCAGUACGUCAGGUUUUGAUGUGAUCACUUCUAGUAAUUUUUUUGAUUAGCACCCUUGUUAGUCUUUUUGCUGUGGACUAGCAUUUUUCCUAAGGGUUUUGUAGAUUACAUUUCUUAGCUUGUGCUUAUUCAUGUUUUGUAACUAACAUGGCUCCCAUCCAUGAAGGUCUUCCUGUAUGAAGUUCAGCAUAUCUCAGCUGUACCCUUUUCUUUUCUCCUUUACUGCAUUUACUGUUUUUUAAUUUUUUUGUUUAGUUUAUGAAAAAUCGUUUGUGCAAAAUUAUUGUAUGUAUAAAGACAUUCAUCAACUUCAUGAAUGCCACAGGAAACUGUGAAUACAAAAUCUUGUUUAGUCCACUGCAUUAUUGUCCUCCUUAAGAAGCAGCUGUUUGUUGUAAUUAUUUUAAUGAACAUCAUAUACUGUAAAAGCAUUGAGACAUGUAGCUCUAGUUGAAAGUGGCAGUUUGUGACUGUAUAAUUAUGAUGUGUACAAAAUAUCAUGAUGCUGUGGACAUAUAAUUGCAGGGCCAUCAAAUAUAGCAAUAUUACCACAAUUGUCUCAUAGGCACCAUUACCUGGAUUCCAAAGUUAUAAACAUUUGCUGAGAUUAAAUUUUGAUUCAGUAUUUAGAGAAUAGAAUGUUCAUAUGAAUUGGUGAGUUGGAAAAGUGGUCAUGUUUCAGAAAGUAAAUUUUUCAGAAGGUACAAAAAACUUUUUUUCUGCACAAUAUGUUUAAACAUGUUGUCAUGGAGUUACUGUAUAGCAAUUGGCCCCAGGUUGAAACAAUAUAUGAGGGCUGUUUGGAAAAUAAGUUCUGAAUAGUUGUGGAAUGGAAAACAUUGUGCAUAUCAAAAAUGUUUUAUUUGCAACAGUUAGCUAUACCUUCCAGCUGCUUCUCUAUAUAGUCGCCACUCUGACGUAGACAUUUGUCGUAGCAUUGUGCCAACAUUCCAGUACUUUCAUCAUAGAAGGCAGCCACCUGUGCUUUUCGCCAAUACUCUACACUGGGUUACAGCUCGUUGACUGUGCCAAAAUGUUGUCUUUAAAGCCAGCGAUUCAUGUGAGUAGAGGUGAAACUCAGGGGCAGCCAGUUACAAGCCGUAUUGUGGAUGAUCAAACACUUCCCUUCGAAAACGCUGCAGGGGCAUCUUCAUUGCCGCUGCAGAGUGUGGCCAAGAAUUGUCAUAAAGAAGGAACAACAGUUGUUUUAUGUGGGCUGCAUGACAUCGGGCUAAAUCUCUCACCAGGCUCUCAUACUUGGCAGGAGACACUAUUUCCUAGGCAUCCUUAUGUGCUCACUGUGCACUCAGAACUGAAAACAGCGACAUGAUGAGAUCAACGGGAAUACUAGAGACACUGCCCAACACAUCUGUGCAAAGCUUCAUUGGAUUUUCACAGUGGUUUCUGUUUCGUGACCGAUCAGAACUUACUUUUUAAAUAGCCCUCAUACACCAUUACAAUAUACUUUAGCCUUCAAGAGUGGUCAGAAAUGUGCUGGAGAUGACCUUUUUUCAGAACAGAUGAUGAUGUGGAGGAGGAGUAGAAUGCAACUAGGAUUCUGUUUGCGGCAGAAGAGUUGUGUUAUGCAAUUUUGUAACAGUCUAUUCAUAAUAUACCCAAAAUACAACAACAAACAAAAUACAGCAAAGCAGGCAAUGGUGGGCAUGCUUCAUCUUUAUCUUGUCCAUGGGCACUGACAGAUACUGUUAUAAAAUGGUUUCAACUCAACAGGUUCGUAUUGUACAAUUUUCGUUACAUCAUCUUGUGAAUGUUGAACGCUUCUGUUGCUGGGACAUGACCCCCUGUUAUACCAUCAACAUGUACUUAAUUCGAAAAACAGUGAGCAUGACUCCUUUGUCAACUCACCGAUUCAUAUAUUGUCUAUAACAUGUUCAUGUUAUUGCAGAAAUGUAUAAAUAAUUUAAUGAGUAAAGAUAACAACUCGCCAAGUAAUUGAGGUGCUAAGGCAUCACAAUCACAGAAACAAGAGUGAGAGUGUUGCUAACACUUGGAUGAAUCCUCCUUCAGAGCUGCAGUUUGUGUUUGUAAACACACACACGCGCGCGCGCGCGCACACACACACACACACACACACACACACACACACACACACACACACACACACACAAAGUGUGGACACAUUGAAUAGGCUAGAGCACUAGACACAGAGAUACACAUGUACUCCACUGCUCAAAUUCAGCUGAAAGCUAGCAACAUUGUCAUUUUUAUAUCUUUAUGUAUGGACAUAUUAAUGUUUUAAACAUGUGCCCUGGAAAAGUGAGUUAACAUACUGACAAAUCCAAAGUCACUUCUAAUUUUAUUGAGAGUAAUCUUCUAUGAUUUCCCACUAAUGCACAUAAUAUACUGGCUGAAUAACAUACGUAAAAUCAAUGAAACUGCUGUCCAUAUGUGCCUAGUUUGCCAUUUUAUGAGACUGCUACUUUGUAGACGUAUUACAUCAGUUCAUGUGUUGUAUGCAUUUCAUUUGCAUUUAAUGAGAAACUUCAUGCCACACUGUCUCUCCUAGUCAACAAGAAAUCUGAUAUUACACGUUGGCCUAAGUACCACAUAUGGAUUCUGCCAUUCAGACUUGAAGUGUCUGUUAUCUCUCUUUAGUGGCAGUUAAGAUGAAUGAACCACUAUUAUAAACUUCGUAUAAAUAUUUUUGUUACUUUUAUUUUCUUUUGAUUACAAUGUUCUUUUUGUAAAGAAAUAAACAAAGAUAUUUUAAAUAAA